AUGGAGACAAAGACACUGUUGUAUCUGCCUCAUGAACUAAUCAUCCAAAUUCUGAUGAGGUUGCCAGUGAAGUCUCUUAUCUGUUUCAAAUGUGUUUGUAAGUCUUGGUUUUCUCUUAUCUCUGACCCUCACUUUGCAAAUUCACAUUUCCAACAUACCUCUGCAACGCAUACUCGUAGGUUUUUAUGCAUAUCACCUUUAUCUCAUGAAAUUCGAUCAAUCGAUCCUGAAGCAUUUCUUAACGAUGAUCCUGGUUCACAGAACCGUAAUUUUUUGUUUUCGGAAUCUUAUUUUCCUGUUGAAAUCAGAGGUUCAUGUAGAGGGUUUAUACUUUUGUACCAACCUCCAAACAUCUACGUAUGGAAUCCAUCCACUGGAUUUAAAAAACAAAUACCCGUGUCUCCUUUUGAUUCCAAAUUAUUAGCAAGUUGUCAUGGUUUUGGUUAUGACCAGUCAAGAGAUGAUUACUUGGUGGUUGUAUUUUCCCAUGUUUCAUCACAUUUGGAGGUUUUCUCUUUUAGAGAUAAUAUGUGGAAAGAAAUUGAUUGUAUUCAUUUCCCUUACGUUCUCAUUGUCGUUCCUUCCCAGGGAAAAGGGUUUCUAUUUAAUGGGGUUAUUCAUUGGCUUGCUUAUCGCCGUGAUUUAGAUUUGGAUGUCAUAGUUGCGCUUGAUUUAAUGGAAAAGAAAACGUUUGAGAUGCCUGUUCCAAGUGAUUUUGACCAUAGAUUUCUUUAUAAUAUGUGGGUAUUUGGAGAAUUUCUCAGUCUAUGGGCUCAGGAUUAUGAUAAUGAUACAAUUGUAAUAUGGGUGAUGAAAGAAUACAAAAUGCAUUCGUUUUGGACUAAAACUCUUGUGCUUCCUCUUCAUCGCAUUCCUGGUCACUACUUUCACCCUAUACACUCUACAAAAAAUGGUGAUAUUAUUGGAAGAAGUCAUGAUACUAGAUUGGUGAAGUAUAAUGAUAAAGGACAACUAUUAGCGGACCGCCCCUUCUGUUCCAGUCAAUCUGAAGUUGUCAUGUAUACAGAGUCUCUGCUUUCACUCCUUGGUGACAAUGAGCAUGCUUAA